UCUACACAGUUCUUUCUAGAUAUAAGAACACUGAAAGAAGUAAAAUUUUACCCUUCCAUAUCUAACUUCCAAUGUCUGCAAUGGGAAAAUCAAAAGCUAUGCAAAAGGUAACCAAGAUAACUAAAAAAAUGCUUUCCAUUAAAGAACAAGAAGAACUGCAGAUGACCCUUCUCCAUACUUUUCUUUUGGGCAUAGCAAAGAACUAUGAGCUCAGAAUUGGCACACAGGUGAGAUACAGCAGGGAGUGUGUGUGUUGGCUAGUGGCAUCCACUCAGAUUUAACAGCUGCACUUCAGCGUAGCUUGCUACCUCUAAUUUGUGAUAAUCUAAAUUCUGUUUCCAGUACUCGGGAGAAGGAAUAGACAAAUUUUAUCUCCUGACUAUAACUGCAUAAUGCUAGAGGAAGCAUUUUACUCAAAAUAAUAAAGAUACUUUUCAAUAUCACCUUUGGUGCAGGGACUAUUUAUGCAUAAGAAUAUUUCAUACAAUGGUUUCAAUGCAUAAACUUUAGCUGAACACUGAAAACACAAAAAUGGCACAGGAUAUAGCAAUAUAAUUAGUGUUUGUUGAUGGUGACUCUUUUAAAAAAAUUGUAGGUUAAAAAUGAUAAUUUGAAACUGUUAUACACCACAAGAAAACCUCAACCCACUAAUUUGUGGAAAAGUGGGGAUUUGGAGAUGCAGAGACUUUGCAUACUGAAUAAUAUUUGACUGGCUGGUUAGUAGAUAACAUGGAGGGCAUUUGGCAGUGUCAGGAAACUGUGUGCUUUGCAUUCACCAGUCUACACACAGAAGCAGGGACGAUUUGUUAAAGACUUGCGCUGGUUAAGGCCCAGAAGAAACAUCAGCUGCCUGACUGCUAGGCCCACAGAGGAACUUUAUCCAUCAGAAUACUGAGUGCUGAGUUUAACAGCUCUUAGGCCCCAUGAAACCCGGGGGAAUUCACAUCCGUCUUGGGAACCCCUGCCUCCUGGCAUGAUACACUGUGUGUUCGUUCCAUUUCUACAUUGAAACCUUGGUUCUAGCAAGGGGGACAGAACACAACCAUUUAUUUGUUCUAUUUUUUUUUAAUACUAAUUAUUUAAAUAUAUCUAUUAGCGCCAUGAUGGGUUUGACUGCAUGUUUCCUGAGAUUUGUAACGGUUGGUUCUUAUUUCUCAAAAAACCCAAAACUCAAUAUAAUACAAAUGCUUACAACAGUAAUACACCUCCCACUUUAUUAAGAGUCUUCUGUUCUCACUCCUUUAGGAACACUAUUGCAGCAUGAACUUAUGGGUUAUGUACUAGCAACAGCAAAGAAAACAAAAAAAUAAAAAAAGAAAUGACUCAAUGGCCUUGGAAAGGAGUAUGCCUUGUACAUUUCCUCUUUUAAUAUUAUAGAAAGAUCAUCACGAAUUUCAGAUCAGAAUCACCGUUCAGUUAGAAAGACAGUAGAAAACCACUAGAUGGUGGUAAAAAACCAAGCCUUUGCUAUGAGCAUUAUGGAAAGAGAAGUCCAGAGGGGCAAAGAAGGGGAGGAGGAGUCACAGUUUGAGUACUGAAGUCAUUAUUGCUUGGAGUCUAUAAAAAGGCAGUUGCACAGAAUCCCCAGCCCCAGAUGUUGGGAGACGAGGGGGGCUGAAACUUCAGCUCUCUGGAGGAAAGGUUGCAGGCGGUGAAGAGGAAGAGCAGCUGAAGGAGCAGCUCUGAUAAAUAGGAUCUUUUGUCUUUUGGAAAAUGCAUUUAUCACACUCCUUGGCAAGCCCCUCAGAAGGAACAGAAUGUGUUAGUUUCCAGACAUGAACACAUCCUCUCAAUUGUAUGUUUCUGAACUAAACCUGAGUGCCUUUGGUGACAACUUUACUGUGCCUACUGCCAAGAGCAAGUCGUCAUCAUGUGAGCAAGUGGUCAUUGCAGCUGAGGUGUUCCUAACUCUGGGCAUUGUAAGCCUGCUUGAAAACAUCUUAGUUAUAUGUGCAAUAGUUAAGAACAAGAACUUGCAUUCACCAAUGUACUUUUUUGUUUGCAGUUUAGCAGUGGCUGACAUGCUGGUUAGUGUGUCCAAUGCUUGGGAGACCAUAACAAUAUAUUUAAUAAACAACAGACACGUCAUUAUGGAAGAUGCCUUUGUCCGUCACAUAGACAAUGUCUUUGAUUCAAUGAUUUGCAUAUCUGUGGUGGCUUCCAUGUGCAGUUUGCUGGCUAUAGCAGUAGACAGAUACAUCACUAUCUUCUAUGCCCUGCGUUACCACAAUAUCAUGACAGUGAAAAGAUCAGGGCUUAUUAUUGCGUGCAUCUGGACCUUUUGCACGGGUUGUGGCAUUAUCUUUAUUCUUUAUUAUGAAUCAACUUACGUGGUCAUUUGUCUCAUCACUAUGUUUUUUACCAUGUUGUUCCUCAUGGUCUCGCUGUACAUCCAUAUGUUCCUCCUGGCUCGUACUCAUGUGAAGAAAAUUGCUGCUUUGCCUGGGUACAACUCUGUCCGUCAAAGAACCAGCAUGAAAGGAGCCAUCACUCUGACUAUGCUUCUUGGCAUCUUCAUUGUUUGCUGGGCUCCAUUCUUCCUUCAUCUCAUCCUGAUGAUCUCCUGCCCUCAAAACCUCUACUGUGUUUGCUUCAUGUCUCACUUCAACAUGUACCUCAUUCUCAUUAUGUGCAAUUCGGUGAUCGAUCCCUUGAUCUAUGCCUUUCGUAGCCAGGAAAUGAGGAAGACCUUCAAAGAGAUAAUUUGUUGCUAUAGCCUGAGAAUGGUCUGUGGUUUAUCAGACAAAUACUGAGAAAACAAAACCAAACCAAGGAAGAGAAUAGAAAUGUGACAACCUGCCGCAUCUUGUAACUCUGCUGAAAUGCCUAUGGAACACUUUCUCCAUUCAGCUCUCAUGAUUUCUGCAGCAAUCAGAACCUAUUUUUUAACAUGUGAUUUUACAUUUCUUUCCCUCCACACACCUCUCUCAUGCUGAUGGCAGGAGCUACUCAGUGCAUCUGUAUAAUGGGGAGAAGAAUAUUCAGAAUCUCAUUUACCCUACCGAAGGCUUGAUUUUAUUAGGCGAUUCUACAAGGAAAGCCACACUUCUCUUUCUGCUAAAUGCAAUGAGUGAGACCUGCCACGUGAAUGAAUCCAUCGUCUGCUCAACUCAUGCAUCUUUCGAUAUCAUUUGUCUCUCUAG